AUGGCUGAGAGCCAAAGGCAUGCUUGCAGUGAAGGGUCAGAGAGCAGCGAGAUCGACGUUUCCCCUGUCCGAUUCGGACUGAGAGGUUUGCCGGUAGUAGCACACAUAUCCAACCAGACAACAGAAGUGUCUCUCGCUUCUGAAUCACCUUCUGUCGCACCGUACAACCUCCGUCGGACACCCAGUCGUGUCCAGCGUUGGCAGCGGUUGGGAACACAGGCUGCAUCUCCAGCACACAGCCUCCGGCAGCACAAACUAGAUUUUGAACAGGUAUUGGCGGCUGUACUGGAGGAGCAGAACGGAAGCGGUGAUGGUGAUAGUAACGGCCCACCCAUGGUCUUGGGCACUCCUGCAGCGGAGGGCACCCAACAUGGCCACUCCCCAACCGUAUUCAGCCACGGAAGCCCCGGGGGUGCACCAGCCGCUGGGAAUUACCGCCGGUUGCCAGCCGGCAACCCUACAUUUGACAGGCCCGUACCUGUGGUCAACCAGAAAGUAGUGGUGGCAGUAUCCAUGGCGACAUGGGGCACGUGCCUCUGUACGAUCUUCCCAUGCCUGGCCAUGGGUUACAGCCUCAGGGCCCCGAUGAUGAUGAUGAUGAUGGACUAUCUAUGGAUGUGGGAAGGCCUAGAACUGCCAACGCGAGAAGAACUCCUGGCGGAGGAAGGUGACACACACCGACGUAGCUGGCAACCGGGGAAUGAUGGCAGUCGGCCUCUCACACGGUUUCAGCGUGUGGCUUAUCCAGAAUUGCCGAACAACACUGCCAUUCGUGCACUGGUAGUGACAGCUUGCCUUCACGCACUUGACGUCAAGGACAGCAGCCCAUCUGCCACGGAGACGGUAGUGAGGGAGAUGCUCAGCAAGAAGCAUGCUGACUUCACUGGGCCGUAUGCCAGCAGGGAACAGAGGGCAGCAGCACCAUUUCUUCCAACGUCCUUCAAGCAAGCACUUACCCAGCUUCAAGAUGUGGGUGGUUGUCGAUGGCCAAGGCUCAUUCGGUACGACAUGUGCCCCUGUGGGUUCAUUUACCGUGGGCCCGAGUAUCGGGGGGCUGAUCAUUGCGGGGGCAUGGUACCUGGCCCGCGGGCAGGCGAGUGGAUUGCCUGUCCAAAGAUGCGCUCGGAGGCAAGAUAUCUGACCUAUAACCCAAUUGGCGGGUUCUGCGGGCGUGUCUUCAGCAACAAGCAGCUCGCGGAGGAGUUCUCCAGCUGGCAGAGCCCAGAUCGGAUGAGGCGCAAUGGGCAGCUGAGGGACAUUUGUGAUGCAGCUGUAGUCCAGGAACUGCUGGCCUCGGACCCCCGUUUCCGUGAUCCCCGCUGCCUCGUCACAAUGAUUGCCUCCGACGCGUUUGUGGUGCCUGCAGACGAGCAAGAACGCUCAAGCACGGCGUGGCUUCUACUCGUUGUCAACACGCCUCCGGAAAAGCGGUACCUGCUGGGAUAUUGCACAAUCUUGUGUGUAACGGCGGGAAACGUCAAGCUGACGGGCCAGAAGCAAGCGGAGUAUUUCGACCCCAAUCAUACCCUUCUACUCAUCACGGAUGACUUACUGACACUGAUUACCGAAGGUGUGGUGGUAACGGACGCAAGAACUGGUGAGGAGUUCCCACUGUAUGUUGCUAACGUGGGUCUUGUGAUGGACUAUAAGGGCUUCCAGAAGCAUCUCGGCCUCAAGGGCACCCCCUCACCGUCUGGCUGCUUCAAGUGCUGUGCUGUCGGGCACAGGGUGGGCACCAAGACGGUUUGGUGUAACCAUCAUCGCUGGCUCUCGCCAGGUCAUCCCUGGCGUACUGAUGUUGCUGAUCUGCACAGGUUAGCAACGGCUUGUGGCACUGACGAAGGACCACCUCCAUUUCGAACACGGCAGGAGCUCACGGCAGGGAAUGAUGGCGGUCGGCCUCUCACACGGUUUCAGCGUGUGGCUUAUCCAGAAUUGCCGAACAACACUGCCAUUCGUGCACUGGUAGUGACAGCUUGCCUUCACGCACUUGACGUCAAGGACAGCAGCCCAUCUGCCACGGAGACGGUAGUGAGGGAGAUGCUCAGCAAGAAGCACGCUGACUUCACUGGGCCGUAUGCCAGCAGGGAACAGAGGGCAGCAGCACCAUUUCUUCCAACGUCCUUCAAGCAAGCACUUACCCAGCUUCAAGAUGUGGGUGGUUGUCGAUGGCCAAGGCUCAUUCGGUACGACAUGUGCCCCUGUGGGUUCAUUUACCGUGGGCCCGAGUAUCGGGGGGCUGAUCAUUGCGGGGGCAUGGUACCUGGCCCGCGGGCAGGCGAGUGGAUUGCCUGUCCAAAGAUGCGCUCGGAGGCAAGAUAUCUGACCUAUAACCCAAUUGGCGGGUUCUGCGGGCGUGUCUUCAGCAACAAGCAGCUCGCGGAGGAGUUCUCCAGCUGGCAGAGCCCAGAUCGGAUGAGGCGCAAUGGGCAGCUGAGGGACAUUUGUGAUGCAGCUGUAGUCCAGGAACUGCUGGCCUCGGACCCCCGUUUCCGUGAUCCCCGCUGCCUCGUCACAAUGAUUGCCUCCGACGCGUUUGUGGUGCCUGCAGACGAGCAAGAACGCUCAAGCACGGCGUGGCUUCUACUCGUUGUCAACGCGCCUCCGGAAAAGCGGUACCUGCUGGGAUAUUGCACAAUCUUGUGUGUAACGGCGGGAAACGUCAAGCUGACGGGCCAGAAGCAAGCGGAGUAUUUCGACCCCAAUCAUACCCUUCUACUCAUCACGGAUGACUUACUGACACUGAUUACCGAAGGUGUGGUGGUAACGGACGCAAGAACUGGUGAGGAGUUCCCACUGUAUGUUGCUAACGUGGGUCUUGUGAUGGACUAUAAGGGCUUCCAGAAGCAUCUCGGCCUCAAGGGCACCCCCUCACCGUCUGGCUGCUUCAAGUGCUGUGCUGUCGGGCACAGGGUGGGCACCAAGACGGUUUGGUGUAACCAUCAUCGCUGGCUCUCGCCAGGUCAUCCCUGGCGUACUGAUGUUGCUGAUCUGCACAGGUUAGCAACGGCUUGUGGCACUGACGAAGGACCACCUCCAUUUCGAACACGGCAGGAGCUCACGGCAGGUGUUCAGGAGCCACCAGCUGUCAAGGCUGCACUUGCUGCGAAUGCUGGGGUGCACCAUGGUGAUGGCGGGGGGCCCAGCCAUGGCACUGAUGAUUUUGCAGGGGAUGUCAGUGAGGAGGAGGUGGAAGCGGAUGAAGAGCCAGCCAGUGGGCGUGGCCGCCAGCAUGCACGCGAGCUUGAGGAAGAGCUACCUGGUGGACGACGCAGCCGUGGCAGGGGCCGCACUGGGCGAGACAGGGGCCGGGGGUCCCGUGGGGCCGUUACUGCAAACACCCGUGGUGCAGGCGUUGCACGGCGGGGAAGGCGGGGGAGGAGCCCAGUGAAUGCCGUCAGGGGUAAUGCAGUGGGCCAGCCAGGAGUCAUUGCAGGGGAUGUCAGUGAGGAGGAGGUGGAAGCGGAUGAAGAGCCAGCCAGUGGGCGUGGCCGCCAGCAUGCACGCGAGCUUGAGGAAGAGCUACCUGGUGGACGACGCAGCCGUGGCAGGGGCCGCACUGGGCGAGACGGGGGCCGGGGGUCCCGUGGGGCCGUUACUGCAAACACCCGUGGUGCAGGCGUUGCACGGCGGGGAAGGCGGGGGAGGAGCCCAGUGAAUGCCGUCAGGGGUAAUGCAGUGGGCCAGCCAGGAGCUGCAAAGCUCCUUGUCCCUGGGCGUCCAGAGCUCGUGGGCCUUGCCUGCCCCAUUUACAUCCUGCGGUAUUUCAACCCCUGCUCGAUGAUCAACAUGGAUGGCAUGCAUACUCUCGGCGGGGUCAUCAAGGAGGUCGUGGUCAAGGGUGUGCAGGGCCUCCGCAUUGCCAAGGCAAGCACCCGUCUGAGGCAAGCAGUGGCUGACUACAAUCAGAACAAGGGCCCAAACCCUGGCCGUGCUGUCCAGGAACUGCUGGCCUCGGACCCCCGUUUCCGUGAUCCCCGCUGCCUCGUCACAAUGAUUGCCUCCGACGCGUUUGUGGUGCCUGCAGACGAGCAAGAACGCUCAAGCACGGCGUGGCUUCUACUCGUUGUCAACGCGCCUCCGGAAAAGCGGUACCUGCUGGGAUAUUGCACAAUCUUGUGUGUAACGGCGGGAAACGUCAAGCUGACGGGCCAGAAGCAAGCGGAGUAUUUCGACCCCAAUCAUACCCUUCUACUCAUCACGGAUGACUUACUGACACUGAUUACCGAAGGUGUGGUGGUAACGGACGCAAGAACUGGUGAGGAGUUCCCACUGUAUGUUGCUAACGUGGGUCUUGUGAUGGACUAUAAGGGCUUCCAGAAGCAUCUCGGCCUCAAGGGCACCCCCUCACCGUCUGGCUGCUUCAAGUGCUGUGCUGUCGGGCACAGGGUGGGCACCAAGACGGUUUGGUGUAACCAUCAUCGCUGGCUCUCGCCAGGUCAUCCCUGGCGUACUGAUGUUGCUGAUCUGCACAGGUUAGCAACGGCUUGUGGCACUGACGAAGGACCACCUCCAUUUCGAACACGGCAGGAGCUCACGGCAGGUGUUCAGGAGCCACCAGCUGUCAAGGCUGCACUUGCCCAAACCCUGGCCGUGCUGGAGGCAUACCUGCGGCUCCUUCAGGCAUGUGGCGACUUGUGGCAGAAGGUGUUAGAAGGGGGUGAGGUGGACGCCCUUGAGCAGCGCGUGGUGGAGGCUGUAUGCCUAGUCGAGCUUUGUCUGUCCGUGAAUGAGAUGGACAUAAAGCUGCACAACCUAUUGCACCUGGUGGAUUCCAUAAAGAACAUCGGAACGCAGGCCGGCACCUUCACGGCCGAAGACUCCGUUGCAUCACUGCAUGCAUCAUUAGGAACGGAUGUGUAA